AGGCAUAAUCUUUAAGUAGUGAAAAAAUGGCUGACAUAGUCGAAAACGUGUUGCAAGAAGCAGCUGCUAAAGAGGCAAAAUAUAAAACGACAGAAGUUCACAAAGAUAUAGAUCUCGAUAUAGAUGAAGGGAAUCUUAUGACUUCAGAUUCUAAUCCAAUAGAUUUAAAAAGUUUCCGAUCAAACAAGGAAAAGUUUCUAAAAGAUUUAUCAAGAGAUAAUACACAGAUUCUAGUAAAUAGCAUAUGGAAGCUCCCAACACAGAGAGUAGAAAACAUUGUUGCAGCACAGUUACCGGAUCCAAAAACUGCCAUUCCAAGAGAAAAACCAGUUCCUAAAGAAAAGACAUUGACUAAAUGGGAAAAGUAUGCCAAACUGAAGGGUAUACAAAACAAGAAGAAGUCACGCAUGGUCUGGGAUGAACCAUCACAGUCCUACAAGCCAAGAUGGGGGUAUCAGAGGGGGAAUGAUGAUACUAAGGAGUGGGUGGCAGAGAUCAAACAAAAUGCAGAUCCAAAUGAAGAUAUAUUUGGGAAGAGAAAUACUGCUAAAAAAGAAAGAGUGGCAAAGAAUGAAUUACAGAGAUUAAGAAAUAUUGCACGUUCACAAAAACAGAAAGUACCAGGUGUGGGCUUGACACCUACAGAAGCUCCCAGCAAAGAUUAUCUGGGUAAAGCCCUGGCAGUUGCCAAGAAAUCAACAGCCUCCAUUGGUAAAUUCACAGAAAAUCUACCAAAAGAAAAACCAUCAAAAUUUUCUGGGAAGAAAAGAAAGUUUGAACCAAAUCAUGGUAAUCUGAAACAAGAAGCAUCUCGCCAGCUUGAGAUACUGAACAACCUUGGUAGUGACAGACCCCUUGUUGACAAAAAUCUGGCUGCAAAUCUACACAAUAAAGAAUGGGAAAGUGCAAGAGCGAAAAGAAGACGAGAAGAUCCAGAUUCAUUUAAGAAAAAAACAACCGGCAAAAGAAGUAACCAGGGCAAGAAAGGAAACUUAAGAAACUUUAAAGGAGGCAGUAAAGGUGGAAAAAGUGGAAGGGGUGGUAGCAAAGGUGGGGGAGGAAAAAAGGGGGGCAAAGGAUGAUUUUUUUUACUGUUGAUAUAUGCAUUGUAAAUAAAAUUAUUAAGAAUA